UCAGCCUCCAGUUGAUUUACUCGUAUGCUCUGGUAGAACUAGAAGUUACUAGAACUAUGGUAAACAGUUGAUCCUGAUCUGAUCAUCUACGGUACUCUACGGAUGAUCUGAUCCUAGUACUACGUGUAAUUUCAUAUCGUGUUGAUUAUUUGUUUGAUCAAAUAAUUUGUUUAAUACAUUUUUCGAAUGAAAGCUAGUCAAGAUCUGCAAUGUCAAUGUCAAUGACACGACAACCCAAAGAAACCUUUUACUUGUUGAUGUUAGAUCAAAUCACUGUCACUGAUACUGUGAUUGAACUGGGUAGAAUAUCUAAUGCAAGAUCAACAGAAACAGUGGAUACAAUGCACGAUGUUAUAACAAGAUUCACACGCAACGCUAAAAAUCAUUUAGAAAUCGACACUGGGACUAUGAGUAUGAGCAUGCAUACAUCGCCAUAUCACGCCGUCACAUCCAAAGGCGAUGAAGACGGUAGAGGCAGGGCAAUAUCUACAAUGCUACCAGUCACCACCUCUGCAUGUAGUUGUGUAGAAUGUGAUGGACGGUUGGCUUUACAUCCUUUCGCCUAUAGACGUUACCUCGAGUGUCAACGCGAAGACGAAAUCGGCGUGAAAAACUGUGUUUCUGUGAUGAUCUCGCCAGUCGACGGUUCACUGUCGCUCUGCAGGACAAUGCGUGGCCCAGGCGUGCAGCGAGAGUGUGGUGUAGCGUGUCGUGUCACAGACGUGGCACGCGUGCGCCGGUUAAGGUUCGCGCGUGCAGUCGACACGUUGCUGUUCUGCUGUUUCGUGACCGUGCUGCAGCAGUCGGCCAGCUUUCGUCGGUGUUUCUAUGCCAGCGUUUGGAGAAAGCUAUUGACCAUAGGGGGCGCUGCCGACGGCCCCGUCCUUCUACGCGCAGAUGUCAGCUGGCCCCUGAACCUGCCUCUCAAUAAAUCCUGGGCAUAUAAGGUGGAAGCUAUGGUACAAAAGAAACGAAGCCUGGAUGAAACGAUGGCUUGGUUGUCAACACUAGGUGGCGCCUAUUCAGCACUGGGUGAUUACUACAAAGCUUGCGCUGUGAUUGCUGGACAGCUUUCAAUGAGGCAGCUCCGCAUUGCCGUGGAGAUGGGCGACGACGUGACGUGUGCAAGGUGUAUGGUUUACCUGGCAAUCAGCUGCAUGCAGCAGUGGAAGCUACGACAGGCCAGAGAUAUCGUCAGACGACAGUGGAAGCUGGGAAAGCGCAUGCAUGACCGGCAGCUGUCGGCGAUGUGCAUCGGCGUAUGGAGUCGGCUUCGGUUUGUGUGGCGCUGUCGCCGUAGCAACGCCGACCCGCGCGCGAGGACGCAGAGUGGCGGUAGCGAUGAGAGAGUCCGAGCACACAAGGUGCAGCAUGAACAAAGCCAAUCGAGCGAGUCUCGCCACUGUCUGUCAGUGAGCUAGGGAAGCAGCCAACAGCGUGCGAUGACCGUUGCCGACGCUUUUUUCGGCUCAUACUCGCAUACCAGAAGCUGUCGGAGAGCUGAGGAAGCCAGUGUAAGGAGAGGCCGGCAAGAGGAGAAGCCAUAUGAGGAGGAGGAGAGGAGUGGGUAGAAGCUGUCAGAAGGAGGGGGAUUCAGGGGGGAGGGUCGAGGUACGAGGUGUGAGCUUUUCUGUAUUUCAUCGCGUGCGCAGCGUGUUUACCGAUGUUUACGCGGCAGCGACGCACGAGUGCGGGGCGUGCUUAUGCGGGUAUGGUACAUCACUCAGCGUUCGUCGUUUGUUUCUUGCCAGCAUCCUCACCUUCGAUGAAGCCAUUUCUAGCUUCAGAGAUAAUGGUGAUAACAUAUCAAACUGCUAUUGUGAAAAAGGUUCUGGUCCGGGUAGGUGCAUCUGGUUGAUAUAAACCUACGUGUUAGGUAACUUACUUUAGAGGUGACCCUCGUCCGCCCUAACACACGUACACACAAUUGAUAUGUAUUCAAUCAUUUUCUUGUCAUUCGGUAGAUGAGUAUAGUUUUUUUUAUUUGUACACGUGUUCAUUUGCUGCAUUGAGUAGCAGAUGAAUCUCAUUUUUCGCAAGGAAUAAACUGAAUUAUUGUUGAUGAAAUCAGCGAAUACUAUCAUCAUA